CGCGGCUCGGAGAUCAUCACUUAACAGAGAGAGACAAAAUAACAAUUUCCCUCGUCAUGUGAAAGAGGUGCCAUUUGUCAACAUGCGUGGGGCGACAAAAGCGGCGGCCGCAUCCAGCCCGUGACCGCUCCUCCUGCUCGCCCUGCAAGACGGCGGCGGACGGCAGUCUGACUCGGUGAAAGUGUCACCUUUCCACUCAGUGAACGCGGGUCGGCAGUGUGAACUCAGGAGCCAUGAGCGUGUCCGGGAACGACCCGCAGAGUUUACUGUCCUACCAGAGACCUGAUGAGGAAGUGGUGGUGGACCAGGGAGGAACCAGCUCAGUGAUGAACAUUCACUAUGAGAAAGAGGAGCUGGAAGGACACAGGACUCUGUUUGUGGGGGUUCGGAUGCCGAGGCAGAGCCAUCGGCACCACAAACCCCACGGAUCCCGCCACCGCAAGAAAGAUAAAAGGGCAGGAAGCAUCACGACACAACAGAGCGAGGACAGUGAGGCAGCUGGCAGCAGUCAUGACACACCGUCCCAGCGGGUCCAGUUCAUCCUGGGCACAGAGGAGGAUGCCGAACACGUGUCCCAUGAGCUGUUCACCGAGCUGGAUGAGAUCUGUGUGAAGGAUGGCAAAGAUGCCGAGUGGAAAGAAACGGCCAGGUGGCUGAAGUUUGAGGAGGACGUGGAGGACGGUGGAGAGAGGUGGAGCAAGCCUUACGUUGCUACACUUUCCCUCCACAGCUUAUUCGAGCUGCGCAGCUGCAUCAUCAAUGGCAGCGUGCUGCUGGACAUGCGAGCCGACUCCAUUGAGGAGAUAGCAGACAUGGUUCUGGAUCACCAGGAGGCCUCGCACGAACUGGAUGACACCGUUAGAGUUAGGGUGCGUGAGGCUCUGCUGAAGAGACACCAUCACCAAAACGAGAAGAAGAAAAACCUGAUUCCAAUGGUACGCUCCAUCACCGAGGGAGCGCGCAAACAGUCUGAGCCUCAAGUAGCAGGGUCUGCCACGUCUCCCCAGCCUCCUCUGCCGACAGAACCAGCCAAGAACGGUGCCGGGCAGGACAGCAGUCAAGUGGACCUCAGUAAGGUUGACCUGCACUUUAUGAAGAAGAUUCCAGAGGGCGCCGAGGCCUCAAAUGUGCUGGUCGGCGUUCUGGACUUCCUGGAGAGGCCCAUUGUUGCGUUUGUUCGGCUUUCCCCCGCCGUUCUGCUCACUGGACUCACUGAGGUUCCCAUCCCCACCAGAUUCCUCUUUAUCCUUCUGGGCCCUGAUGGAAAAGCUCAGCAGUACCACGAAAUUGGACGUUCGAUGGCGACCAUUAUGACGGAUGAGAUCUUCCACAACGUAGCGUACAAGGCAAAGGACAGAAGCGACCUGCUAGCAGGGAUAGACGAGUUUCUAGACCAAGUGACUGUCCUGCCACCAGGAGAGUGGGACCCCUCCAUCCGAAUAGAGCCCCCAAAGAAUGUCCCCUCUCAGGAGAAGAGGAAAAUGCCCGGAGUCCCCAACGGGACAGCCAUGCAGGUAGAAGAACCACAACAUGCUGAACACCACGGGCCAGAGCUGCAGAGGACAGGAAGGUUGUUCGGCGGCCUCAUACUGGACAUUAAGAGGAAAGCUCCUUUCUAUGUGAGUGACUUCAAGGACGCUCUAAGCCUCCAGUGUGUGGCCUCCUUCCUCUUCCUCUACUGCGCCUGCAUGUCUCCUGUCAUCACUUUUGGAGGACUGCUGGGGGAAGCGACUGAAGGACGUAUUAGCGCCAUAGAGUCGUUGUUUGGUGCGUCGAUGACUGGAGUUGCCUACUCUCUGUUCGCUGGGCAGCCUCUCACCAUUCUGGGCAGCACAGGUCCUGUACUGGUUUUUGAGAAGAUACUCUUCAAAUUCUGCAAGGACUACGAUCUGUCAUAUUUGUCUCUCCGGGCUUGCAUUGGCCUGUGGACGGCACUGCUGUGCUUUAUGUUAGUGGCCACAGAUGCGAGCUCUCUGGUUUGCUACAUCACUCGGUUCACUGAGGAGGCAUUCGCUGCCCUCAUCUGCCUCAUCUUCAUCUAUGAGGCCUUGGAGAAACUGUUUCACUUGGGGGAACUGUACCCCUUCAAUGCACAGAGCGAGCUGGACAAACUCACACUAGCAUACUGCAGGUGUUCACAGCCUGAUAAUCCCAGUAAUAAAACCUUAGAGAUGUGGAGCGAGAGAAACAUCACAGCCUCGACUGUACCCUGGGAAAACCUGACUGUCAAGGAAUGUAUUGGCCUGCAAGGACACUUUGUUGGGACCACAUGUGGACACCACGGUCCCUUCACCCCAGAUGUUCUCUUCUGGUCCAUCAUCUUGUUCUUUUCAACAUUCUUCAUGUCGGCCUUCCUCAAGCAAUUUAAGACGAGUCGUUAUUUCCCCACCAAGGUUCGGUCUAUGAUCAGUGACUUUGCAGUGUUUCUUACUAUUGUUGUCAUGGUCCUGCUCGACUUUGCCGUUGGAGUGCCAUCCCAAAAGCUAAAGGUGCCAAGCAAAUUCCAGCCUACCAGAGAUGAUCGAGGUUGGUUGAUCAAUCCAAUCGGGCGCAACCCCUGGUGGACAGUUCUGGUCGCAUCUAUUCCCGCUCUUCUCUGCACCAUCCUCAUCUUCAUGGACCAACAGAUAACUGCUGUCAUCAUCAACCGCAAGGAGCACAAACUACUGAAAGGCUGUGGGUACCAUCUCGACCUGCUGAUGGUGGGGGUGAUGCUGGCUGUGUGCUCCAUCAUGGGAUUGCCUUGGUUCGUGGCAGCCACUGUGCUGUCCAUCUCUCAUGUCAACAGCCUGAAACUGGAGUCGGAGAGCGCAGCUCCGGGAGAGCAGCCGCGCUUCCUGGGCAUCAGAGAGCAGCGGCUCACAGGCCUGAUGAUCUUCCUGCUCAUGGGAUGCUCCGUGUUCAUGACUGGAGCCCUGCAGUUUAUUCCUAUGCCUGUAUUGUAUGGAGUUUUUCUUUACAUGGGAGCAUCUUCAUUAAAAGGCAUUCAGUUCUUUGACCGCCUAAAGCUUUUUGGUAUGCCAGCAAAGCACCAGCCAGAUUUCAUCUACCUGAGACACGUCCCAUUGCGAAAGGUGCAUCUGUUCACUGUGACUCAGCUCACCUGUCUGGUGCUACUCUGGGUCAUUAAGACCUCUCCUGCUGCGAUCAUCUUCCCCAUGAUGGUCCUGGCUCUGGUUUUUAUUCGGAAGCUGCUGGACUUGUGCUUCUCGAAACGAGAGCUGAGCUACCUCGAUGACCUGAUGCCUGAGUGGAAGAAGAAAAACCUGGAUGAUGCUUCCAAAAAAUUGGAAGAGGAAUCGCAAGAAAUGCUGAGCUUGAAAAGAGAUGAAUCAGCUACUGUUCAGAUUACAAUGGAGGGAAGCAAAAUUGUUCAAAAAGCACAUGAUCCCAAGUGUGAUCCCUCUGAUAUUAACAUAUCUGAUGAAAUGUCUAAAACCACUGUGUGGAAAUCCCUCAACUCCAAUCAAAAGGACAUUCGUCCUUUGGCUGCUAAAAAGGAUUGAAGGGAUCACGUUCAUUGAUGAGUGAAGACAUUCAGCUGAGUUGCUGUAGUUCUGGACCACCGGAGGCCACAGGUUGACCAAACCACAACAGCCUCUUCAGAGCUUACAGAAAGAAAAAAAAUCAGCCUCAAACAUACAGAGAAAGUCAACUGAGCUGUACACUUACGUGUACUUGUGUCUGAGGUUUGUAGCUAUGAUAGAGAUUCAAUCCUUUGUCCCAUACUCUAAAUUUAACUGGUAUACACAAAGCAUCCCAAAGCUGAUAUUUUCACACAAAACAUAAUAUUCUGUUACUGCAUCCAUCCAGCGCAUUUCAGCCUAAUAAUGUCAUUUUUCUGAUAUAUCUGAGAGGAUGAUGGUGAGACAAACAUAAAGAGACAAGGCCAGGGAAGAAAAGAUAUACAAGGCAGUCACAAAAUUAUACAUACAGCUGAAGAUAAAACACAUUAGUGUAUUAUUUUCACCAACAAAUGUAAAUUGACCAUAAAAAACACAAAAGGUGCUGAAUUAUAGAUUUCAACUGCAAGAUGCAAUGUUUUAUGAAACACCCUUUGGAAAUAAAGUGAUAAUUUUGUCUUGGGUUAAUGACAUCACAAGAGGUACAAGACUGGCAGAAGAGCCAAAUGAGCCAUCACUUUGCUGGGAAAGGUUCAAUAAAAUAGAAAAAAGAGGAAAGUACAAACACACUGGGGUCAGUGGCCUUGUGCCUUUUGUGAUGUCACCAGAACACACAACACAAGAGCCAAAAAUCCCCAAAAAACUGACCGUAAAACAUUAUUAGCUAAAAAAUUAUAUCUAGAGAUUGAUUGACUGAGUGAUUGAUGAUUGAUGGAUCAAUCUAUCUUUCUGGUUUGUAGCUCUGAGACAAUAAGUAAGAGAGUGAAGAGAUAUGCUUCAGUAUUACCUGAAUUAUCCCCAUACUAUCAGCGUUUAAAAAAUGGAAACUUUCAGUACAGCUUUUAAAGGGGCAGUGCUAUGUAUUUUCCAAGCACAUUUGACAGAAAAUCAAGAAUCUAUUAAGACUUCACUUGCUAUAAAAACGAUGUAUACCAGAUACGACUGAAAAGCAAUUUGGGUAACAAUUCAUUUGACGGCGUGUGCAUAAAACUGACAUGACACUGUCAUAAGCAUGUCAUAACACUUGUUAUGAACAUGAAGGAGUCUUUAUAAAUGUUUAUAACUGUCGUCAUGAAGUGUCAGUCAGUAAAUAAUGACACCUUUGAUGCAUAGCUGCUUUAAAAGUUGCAUUGAAAGUCCAUUGAAAAUACAAACUUUGCAUUGAAGUGUCACUUAUUUACAAAAUCAUGCAAAGUUGACACUUCUAAUGGAGUUUUAAUGCAACCUUUAAAACAACUUUACAUUAAAAGUGUCAUUAUUUACCGAAUGACACAUCAUGACAACAGUAAUAAACCUUCAUAAAGACUCCUUCAUGUUUAUGGCAAAAGGUAUGACAGUUUUUAUGAAUACCCUGUCAAAUGAAGUGUUAGCAAAAUUUGACUUUGUAAAUUUAAUUUAGGCCUCUGUCUAAAAACUCCUGCUCUUUCUGCCACUUCUCCUUGAGUUUUUACUCAUGUCGAGCCAAAUUACAUCAAUACGAAAAUACAUUAACUAGGAUUUAAUUUUAAGAGGUACAAAUCAAAUGCAGAAGAAGCUUUAAUACCUUAACAGUUUUUUAAUAGUUGGCAUUAUUAGUACAUUCUGCACAAAUGGACUUUCAUGAUUUGGAUGUGAUCCGAAAUGAAAAUUAGUUUUACACCCUGACUUAGACAUAAGAAUAAACACAAAAACACAUAAAAAUAAAUAAUAAGGAUUAUUUUCCUACAUCAAUCCAGGAUGCGCUGCUGUAAAUGUUUGCAAUUUUAAGCAGGUGACAUAAGAAGGUUCAAGUAACAUGUUUAAUGUCAAUUAAAGAAAAUAUCUCUACACUGGUUCCUGAUGCCUAAUUAAUCAACCAGAAAGUAAAACCAGUAAAUGCUUAGUUCAAACCUACAAAGCAGAAAACCUUGAAUCAUUCAUUGAAUCAAGUCGUGCAGUGUAGCUAAAUUGUGUUUUUCUUGAUUAAACGCUAAUAUUUGCAGAGUUUCGUUCAAUUAAUGAAAAAGAUUUUAUAUAAAUAUUAGAAUAUAAAAGCAAAAACAUAAUAUUGAAAGAUCGGAGCCCUGUGGAUCUCCCUAACAAACAUUGGUGUGAGGAAGAUUGGUUAUCGACGUCAACAACUUGGGAUCGCUCACAAAAACGCAGCUUAACCAGAAACACAUUCAAGCCCCAGAAAAAUAACUGGAUGACCUCUGGUUGACCUUGAAAUUGAUCUGCUCAAAGCUCAAAGGGCAUUUAUUCACUACGUGACCACACUGGAAACAGUCUUCUCAAAUUUGGGAACUCAUUCAACAAAUCACAAUAAUAACUCAACCCAACUUCCUUUGUAGAAAUACGCUACUAAAACAAACUUUGCUCUUUGUUUUCAGUCAAAACAAGUCAAGGCCAGAUCAUUCAAUCUGCCAUGAUGACUGUCCUUUUCUUCUUUAUUGUUGUCAUUUAAUUUAUAGAUUUUAAAAUGUUUUUAAAUGUUGAAACUGAAAGGUGCCAAAGUUAAAAAGCCACUUCAUGGCUACCAGUUCAGCUUAUUUUUAAAUUUCAUCUUUUCCCUUUUGUUGCCUUUUUAAUAGUGACUAUGAAGGUUGGAGGAAGUUCUGAACAAUGUCUUGUCAUGUAUUUUAUUUUAUUUUCAUUUGAACUCAGACAAGAUUAUGAAUGCAUCUGAAAGGCACUUUAGAUGGAGUCUCUGUUGUUUUUAAAGGUGUGUGAUUUCUUUUUUAAAAAAACGCGCUUUAGGAUAUUUUGAGCAAUAAUUUAGUCUUAAUUUUGACCUCAAAUGGCCAAAACUCAGUGUUUGAUUUAUCAAGUACAUUUUUUAUGAGCUCUGUCUUGGUUUUCCCGUCUUCUCUUCUUUUUUCCUGUAAGAAGUUAGAUACAAAAAGAAAAGUUUUUGGGUUGAAAAACGAAACACCAGCUGCACAGAGAUAAAAGAGGCCUUUCUGCUUCUGUUGCAUUUGUUUCAGGAUUUCCUGAAACAUUUAAAAUCUAGAUAAUACAAUUUGACCUAACUGUCCAUCUGUUGUUUUAUUAUUAGUUCAUUUAUAUUCUGAAUUUAUUAAUUAACUUUAUUUAAGCGAUGUUCCCCCAAUUUAGUCUAUAUUAUUGGCACAGAGAAGCAGAUAGAUUAUUGGUGGAGACUAUAAUCUACAGUAAUAUUUAUUUAUGUGCACUUUCUGUAGAUAAAGACAAUAUAUUUAUUCUCUUAUGAUACUCUGAGAAAAUUAUUUUACAAAAAAAUACAGCUUUUUAUUUUUAGAUGUGAAAUGAUAUGUUAUUCUCUAUAUUUUAUGUAUAUUCUGUAACAAGGAAGAGGAGAGAUGCUGAGGAAAGCACGUAUCUGUCUGCUGGAGAUCAAAGAUAACAGCUGAGAAAAAUGUAGGCUUUGCUUUUAUCUACAGUGUCUUGCAAAACACAAACUCACAUAUUAGGUGACACACACACUACAGUUUGUAACUGUUGAGUGAUAAAAUGUGAGGCUAUGAAUACUUUCGCAAGGCAUUGCAGAGAGACUUAAAGCAAUCCAGAUUACCUAGACAAAAAACACAAGGUUUGCACUUAAGAAUAAAUUAAAGUGGAUAAUAUAAAGAUAAAGGGGUACCUCAUCAAAGAACUGCUGUAUUAAUAUUAAAACUAUUCCAUAAAAUCUCUAAAAUAUAGUGUAUGUCUGCUGAUAAAUGUGCAAAAUAUAAUUGAAUUAAUAUUAUCCCGUAUUUUACAGCCACGCCUUGGAUUCUUAAUUUUUCUUAAAAGCAAAGUGCACAAGUAAUUAAUUAAAAUACCUCGUCCAAAAAGGCACUAAUGAGCAUUUUGUACAACGCUUUCAUGUAACUCUGCUUUGAGUCUGUCAGACUUCUGAAUGUGAAAGGUUAUCAAGCAAUGACCCAAAACUAACUUAAUCAAAAGCAUGAAUGAAACAUCAAAGUGUAAAUAUAUGUACAAAACCAUAGAGCUGUUACCCAAGCUGAAACCAUGAGAUGUGCAAUGGUGUUAAACAUUUUGAGUUUAAAAGGAUGUAAAUGUGCUUCAAUAGUAGAAUUAUGAGGAAAAAUGCAAUUUCAAUGUGUCUUAAACUUGACUCCUAUUUCAUUAUUAUGUGGAUGUAAGAUGAAUAAACAGUAAACUUCCUUUAGAAUAUUAUUUGUUAACUAUACAUGCAGUCAUGGUGGAAAGAAAGUACACCCUCUGUCAGUUCUAGGGCUUUUGGGUGUAAAUGAGCCGACCUUUAAUCCAAAUGUAAGUUAACACACCAUAAAGGUUCCUCCACAUCACUCUUCAUUAGACAAAGAUAACACAGAAAUGGAAGAAACUGUGAGAAUUGAAGUAAGUCUUAAAAACCCGGAGAAAUCCUGAGCCAAGCAGACUUGACCUCUGCUGAAGUUGGAGAAAUAAAUGUCGAAUAACCAGUUACACACACGCAAACAAAAAUGUUCAUCGCUAGGAAGCUGUGUGACCAAGUCAUAAUUAAAAACUGAUUUAAUGUUUUUUGUCUCUGACUGGGGUAAGCAUUUUAUUCUUAUUGCCUGAAUUUAUUUACAAAGAAAGUAGGAAAAAGCACAAAACAAGUGCAUAAUCAUAAAAGAGCUACAACUAAUUGGGCAAACUUAAAAAAAAAAAAAAAAACAUUUUGUCUUGAGUUCGUCAAACAAUGUCACACCAUAAUCUUUACACAAAGACAGGUGUUGAUUUCUCACUUUUCUGUCCUGCAACUAUUAAAAUAAUAAAAUGAUCUCACUCUGUUUGAGCUCAGUGGCUCUAAACCCACAGCCAGCAGCACAAACUCGGCACAAUCAGUUGUUCUUGGCCCUUGUUGCACCUCUUUGUCAUGGAAACGCCGGUUUGCUAAACGAGAAGGAAGCGACGGCUAUUUGUUUUUGAUCAAAACUAAAUAAACUGCUGUGGAAGGUUAAUAUAAAAUAGUUUGUAAGACUUCGUUAUUUUGAUCUGGGUCUAAAAACACACUAAUCCAUUUAAAGGUGGUUUACUUUCUACGCACCAUGACUGCACAGGACAUGUGACCAAGGGAGAUAACACAUUUAGAUAGAUGUGAGUUUAAAUCUAUUUUGAGUGCAUCUGUGGCUGUAAUGGAUGUUCUCUGUUGUGUUUACAUCCAAGCAAAGGCACAACCUUCAGUCAGUAAUGAAGUACCUGCUUCCAGAAAAUGUUUCUCCUUAGUCACAUUUCAGAUUAUUGUUAGCAAGCCUUCAUUCACAAUCCUGUAACCACUAUAGUUUUUGAGCAGAAGGGAAAAAAAGUCCCUGCACAAUGCAGGGCUGUGACCUUUUGGAGAACAGACGUGCUGAGCAGGAGGACAAGGUGACGACAGAGCAAUGAGAAGUGAGGAGAUGCAGGGAAAGAGAAGCACCUGUUCUGCACUCGGAUUUGAGCCACAAUGAGAGCGAUGUCCUCUGUUGGAAUAACAAUGUUUUUGUAUGUAUCUGUAAUUUAAUUUUUAAUUGCAGCAAAAUGGAAAAUAAACUGCAACUGCAAUAUGA